GAGAGAGAGAGAGCGAGCAGAAGCAAAGCCGGCAAACCCACCCGCCACGCACCCGGAUCUUUUUUGGAUUUCCUUGCGUCUCUCGUCCUCUGUUUCUAUAUAUUCUUCCUCUCUUCGCUUUGACAUCGCAAGAAAAGCAGUUGUAUUUUUGACCUCGGAUUGGAGUUCAGAGGCAGAGCCAACCACGUCCAAUCGCUUCAUCCGCAACGGUCCAUUGCUCGUCGAUCGUAUCUGACAAAGAUUUACAGAUUUUUACAGAAUCAUCCUUUAACCUCUUCUCUUCCUUCUCCUUCCUCAACAGUUUCUUUGUGCUUUAUUCGAGACUCUUUUUGUGGGUGGGUCUUUCUUAGAAAGAGCGCAAAAGGGCUCACAUGCCAUGUACAUAUAAAAUUCAAUUUCUUCCCUUUCUUUUCUCUCUCCCCAAAUAUAUUCAUUUUUUUUUUUGGACAAAUAAAAUCCAGUGAAAAACCCCCAACCCAACGGAGUUUGAUGUGUUUUACUUCGUCAAACCCCUUUGGGUUGAGCCCUCCAAAACUCCAGAUAUCUACGUUUUUCUUUCUUAUUCUUUGACUUUAAGUUUGCGUAAAAUUCAAGAUCUCUUAGAUAUUCUCAGCGUUUCCCUUUCUUUAUCUUUUGCGUGUAUAUGUAUAUAUAUGUGUCUGUAUAUUUUCCCCAAGGUUUUGUUAUUAGAGAUUGGGACCCCGAAUUCAGUUUUUGAACAGCUUUUGUUUCGGUAGGCUCUUGUUUGGACUGAAAGAAAAAAAAAAAAAAGAAGAAAGGGCGGGCGCAGCUGACCAUAUGUUUUUUCGACUGCAAUUGUUGAGCCUGGUAAUGUUAUUUUUGGCUGAUUUGGUUCUUGUCUGAUCUGGGUCUUUUGUAUUGCCAGCAGAUUCUUCGCCUGUCUGAGGUAAAGGCUUUCUUGAUCAUGCACUGAUAGCAUUUCUUAUUAUGGGCUGGCUUAGCAAAUUCUUCAAGGGCUCAAGCCACAAAAUUUCAGAAGGACAAUAUCAUUGGAAUGGGGGAUAUGGAGAGGAUGCAAUUGGGAAUGAUCCUUCGAGUUUAGGGGAUGCAUGGUCAGAAAUGGAAGAUAUUGAUCGUGCUAUUGCACUAUCCCUUUCAGAGGAGGAGCAUAAAAGGAAUAAUAUUGUUGAUAAUGAGUCUCAGUUGAAAGAAGAUGAACAACUUGCCAAAGCUAUACAAGAAAGCUUGAAUGUUGAAUCUCCAUCUCGAGAUGAAAAUGCUAAUAUUUAUCAACCUAUACCUUUUCCCCCUUCAACAGGGUUCAGGAUAUGUGCUGGCUGUAACACUGAGAUUGGUUAUGGAAGAUUCCUGAAUUGCAUGGGUGCAGUUUGGCAUCCAGAGUGUUUCAGAUGCCAUGCCUGCAAUCAACCAAUUUGUGAUUAUGAGUUUUCUAUGUCUGGGAAUUAUCCUUAUCACAAGUCUUGCUACAAGGAGCACUAUCACCCAAAAUGUGAUGUCUGCAAGCAUUUUAUACCAACAAAUGCUGCUGGGUUAAUUGAAUAUAGAGCGCAUCCUUUUUGGGUCCAGAAGUACUGUCCUUUUCAUGAGCAUGACGGGACUCCUCGGUGCUGUAGCUGUGAGCGAAUGGAGGUUGGUCUGCAUCAACAAAGGGAAACAAGAUAUGUUGCCCUAGAUGAUGGUCGAAAGCUCUGCCUAGAGUGUCUUGACUCAGCAAUAAUGGAUACUAAUGAGUGUCAGCCCCUUUACCUUGAUAUACAAGAAUUUUAUGAAGGAUUGAAUAUGAAAGUUGAGCAACAGGUUCCAUUACUCUUGGUAGAGAGGCAAGCACUGAAUGAGGCAAUGGAUGGGGAAAGAAGUGGCCAUCAUCACAUGCCUGAGACAAGAGGACUCUGCCUUUCUGAGGAACAAACUGUUAGCACUAUAUUGAGGCGGCCAAAAAUUGGAGCAGGAAACAGGGUUAUGGAUAUGGUAACAGAGCCUUAUAAACUCACCCGUCGUUGUGAGGUGACCGCAAUUCUAAUAUUAUAUGGCCUUCCCAGGUUGUUGACCGGUUCUAUUCUGGCUCAUGAGAUGAUGCAUGCAUGGCUUCGGCUUCAAGGCUACCGAACUCUAAGUCAAGAUGUUGAAGAAGGUAUCUGUCAGGUGCUAGCUCACAUGUGGUUAGAGUCCCAGAUAAUGUCCAUACCAGGGAGCAAUAUUCCGUCAACGUCAUCCUCCGCAUCACUUUCAAGAUCAUCAAAGCAGGGGACACGAUCUCCAUUUGAGCGGAAGCUAGGGGAGUUCUUCAAGCACCAGAUUGAAUCAGAUACAUCUCCAGUGUAUGGAAAUGGAUUUAGAGCUGGUAACCAGGCAGUCCUCAAAUAUGGUCUUCGAAGGACCCUGGACCAUAUCAGGUUCACAGGGACUUUUCCUUAUUAAAGUAUUGGGCCUGAAUUGGUUUCUGUUUACGAUUGUUUUACUAGAGUUAAGGUGGCCCCUUUAUAUUGGAACCUUAGUCAAACCAAUAGAAAUUAAUUACUAUGGGAGCAGUUAGAAAAUUUGAUUGUACACGUUGUAGAUGUAGUCAUUCCUGCACUCGCAAAGAAAAGUAAUAAAAAUUAUUGAUUAUUUAACUUA